AUGCUUAGUCUCCAUUAUUUGCUGCUUCGAAGCAACCGUUCAUCACCAUUUCCUCCGCUCUCUCAAUGGGUUAAACUUCAACAUCAACAUGGCGGGAGUAUUACCUGUAAUUUCAAUGCCAAGAAGAAAACCAACUUACCAUCAUCGUCUUCUUGGAUUGCUCAUGCAGUGGAGAAAGAUACAGAGCAGUUUGAAGUAGACCCAGAAAAGGCUAAAGAAGCCCUCAAAAACCUUGACCAGCAGCUGCAAAUCCUCUCUAAUAAACAAGUCAGCACCCCUAAGAUCAGAGCUGCAGAUGUAAAGCUUACGAGGGAUGAAAUGGUAGAAGAUAGACCAGAAAUUCCAGGGUCUGCCCUAGCAUAUUUAACUGUUGCUCUCCUUACUUUCACAAUCUUCUACAAUGUGUUGUUUUAUUCGGUGAUAAAGCCGUCCAUCGAUGGACCAGAGUACGAUCCUCAACCUAGCAGCGCCCAGACUGAGUCAAGAGGUGCAGCAGUUUUGCGGUAGUCCUUGCUCCAUUAACACCUCAAGUUUCUUUCCAGAGCUGCAUCUGUUAAUCAGCAUCAGAAUUUUAGUCAUAUAUGUGUUUAUUAAAUAAAGUCCCCAGAAGAAUACGAUUAUUGUGGAUCAGGACACUGCAUUAUCACACUUGACACGAAUGCAAUCCUAA